CCCUUCUUUUUAUUUCCCUUUUUUUAAUUUCUACUCGCGGCGCACUUUAUACACUCCCCCUUCUCAAUUCCACACCCCGACGCUAACGUGCGCACCUCCUCACUCUCUCCGGCAAACCCACCGCCGCCGCCGUACCGGAGCUUUUCAGCUCGCACGUACAGAUUUUCUCGAUUAAGCUAGAGGCAGGCCAGGGUUUACGAAUUUCAGAGAGAAAUUGAUAAAGUUCGUCAAGGAUUUGGUUGUGUAUUGUGUUUGUGAAUAUCUGCGAUUCCAUGGGUGUUGGGAUUUCUUGGUGCGGGUUCCGAUUUUUGAUAUUGUAGCUGGAUUAAACAUGUGGUUUGAUUUUCUGAGAAUAGAGAAGUGGAAGGUGAUGCUUGGCUUUCCUGAUUUGGGCACUGAAGCUUGGUUAGGGUUAAGAGAGGGUGUAUUCUCUUGAAACUUGGGGUUGACAAGAUGGAUGGAGACGAGAAGAGGUCGGGGUUUAAGAAGAGAUCGAAGUUAAUGGAGGUUAAUCACAAUUCGGAUGACGAUGAGCCGAUUGGGUCACUGCUGAAGAAGAGGCAGCGAAACCCUAAGAAGGUUAAGCUGGGGUUGGAGGGCGAAAGGGGCAAGAAGGUUGAGGCUGGAGAGGAGGAUUUGGGGGGACUGGAUGAUACCUUGGCAAGUUUUAGGAAGAAGCUCAAGGGUCCUAAGAGGGAUUCUGGGGCCGGAACCGGGAGGGGAAGGAGUUCUAGUUUGGAUGUUGUGCAGUCUUCGGAUCAGGAUGGGGGGUCGGAUGCAAAAUCAGUGUCGAGGAGUAUGGAGAAAGGACCGGUCAUUGAUGAUGAUGGAACCGAUGUGAUUUUGGAUGUAGAGGUGGAAAACAGGCUUAAGGGAAAGGGAAAGAGACCCAAGGUUUCAGGUCUGGUAUCUGCAGAGGGUUCUAAUAGCUCUUUGGAUCAUCAUUCGCAAGAUUCAUUAUCGGCAUUUUUUCAGAAGGCACAGUCUGGUGUUACUAAGAAGUCUCAUCCCUCUUCGAGUCUUAGAGAGAAGAGUGGUUCUCUGGAUUUGGAGGAUGGACUGAGCCCUAGUUCAGAAGGUGUUGGAGGAAAUAGCAUGCCUGUGACUGUGCAGAGACAUAGUUCUGUUUCAAAACUGAACCAGGAAAAUCCAAGAUUUGAAGAUAGUUUGCUCUUCGAUUCUGGUUUUAAUUCGUUGGAUUCAGUCAACAAUCAGUAUAAGAUAGAGGAACAAAACAGAUUUUGCCAAGAUUCUGACUGCAACAGACAGAAUCAAGAGAGAUCUCAAGGACUUUAUUCUAUUCCAGAUGACAUGACGAGACUUGAGGAUAGAAAGAAUGAACCCACAGUGGAUUAUUCUGGUUUAAAUCUUCAAGAGGAACUAUGUAGCUUGGACAGAUCUAAUGGCGGAGAUAGCCAGCACUUACAGAAAAUUCAAACUGUUGAGAACCGACUGAGGCACCGCUCUGUGAUAAACUCAAACACUCUAACGAUUUGUGAACAGAAGGGGGAAAUGCUUGAGGUCGGUACCAGUGACUCCAAAGGGGGCUUUCCUGAUGCUUUGUCCAUUCAGUCCACGGAUGUUCUAGCUAGAUGUACAUCAGGUGCAGACUGUGAAAUAUCUUCUUCAACUGGAAAAGAAAUUCCGAUGCCUCAUUAUAAUGAUGAGUUACUGAACAAAUCUAACUUUGCCCCGGAUACACUAAAGAGGGAAGAAACUCCUUGUAAUCGUGUAAUUGCUUACACUGAGGGGCAAGAUCUUGCUUCCAGUCCUUUGCAUGAAGAGAAUGCCAUGAUAACUGAUUGUCAGAUAUCUUCAAUCCAGGUGAGUCAUCAAGCGAAAGCCUUGCAAACUGCCUCAGUUCAGAAGGGGAGCUAUUGUGAAGAUUUAUCUUCUGAUGAAGCAUCAAAAGAGAGAAUUAUUCCUAAACAUGAUUAUAUUACUAGUAAUGAGGAGGUUGAUGGAGCUUCUCCUCCUUUAUAUGCAACAGUAGAUGAGAAUGAGAGUUUCCCAGAAGACACAGUAUCUCUACCUGAUAUUGAAAACAGAGAUGGUAAGCUCUCCGCUCUCCAGCGCAUACCACGGAAUGCUAGGAAACGCAGGCAUGGAGACAUGGCUUAUGAGGGGGAUGUUGAUUGGGAGAUCUCAGUAACUGAUCAAGGAUUGGAUAGUGACAAUUCAAUUAGAGCAAGAGUGAAGUUUGAUUCCUCUUCAAGUAUUGGCACAGAAGCUGAAAGUGGUGGGGCUGCAGCAGUGUCUGCUGGUCUAAAAGCUCACGCAGUUGGUCCUGUUGAGAAGAUUAAAUUCAAGGAGAUCUUGAAGCGAAGAGGCGGGCUUCAGGAUUACUUGGAAUGCAGGAAUCAGAUCUUAGCUCUGUGGAGCAAAGAUGUUAGUCGAAUUUUGCCUCUCACCGACUGUGGGGUCACAGAGCCGGCUUGUGUGAAUGAACCUGGGCGUGCCUCCCUAAUUAGGGAUAUUUAUGCAUUUCUAGAUCUCAGUGGUUAUAUAAAUGUUGGAAUUGCUGCCGAGAAGGAUAAAGCAGAACCUGGUUCUAAGCAUGACUAUAAAAUAGUCAGAGAAAAACCUUUUGAGGAAAUUUCUGGGGUUUCAAUUGCUGACUCAGAGGAUGGGGUUUCCUUCAUCAUUGGCCAGGUUAAGAAUUCAAAAAUAUCCACCGAUGCUAAGAAUGGAAUUACAUUUAAUAGCGAAAACUUGACUGAGGGAGCCACAAAAGACAAUGGGCAUGUUGAGGCAGUGGCAUUGGAAUUGUUUGAUGCGAAACAUCCUGAAGAAUGCCAAGCUGAUUACCUGGAAAACUGUAGUGCUGAUGCAAGGUUCCAAAGUCGAUUGGACAAUAUGGAUGUUUCUAGUAGUGAUCCCUCUGGUGAGACAUUGGAUGGUGGAGUCAUCCCUGUUGUAACUCCAGAGAUAAAGAAUGAAUCACAGAGUAUUCUGUCAACGCCACAUGAUCAUGUACCGAGUAAUGAUACCCUGCAAUGUGGUCCAGAAGUCAGAAAGGAAAUCAUUGUCAUAGGUGCUGGUCCUGCUGGCUUAACUGCUGCACGCCACUUGCAGCGUCAGGGGUUUUCAGUCAAUGUACUUGAAGCUAGGAGUCGAAUAGGAGGUCGUGUUUAUACAGACCGGUCAUCUCUAUCAGUUGCAGUGGAUCUUGGUGCUAGCAUUAUCACUGGUGUCGAGGCUGAUUGGGCAACUGAAAGAAGACCUGAUCCCUCCUCAUUGGUUUGUGCUCAGUUGGGCCUUGAGUUGACUGUAUUAAACAGUGAUUGCCCUCUUUAUGAUAUUGAAACAGGUCAAAAAGUUCCUGCAGAUCUGGAUGAGGCAUUGGAAGCAGAGUUCAACAGCCUCCUUGAUGACAUGGUAUUGCUUGUAGCACAGAAGGGAGAACGUGCAGCAAGAAUGUCUCUUGAGGAAGGUUUUGAAUAUGUCCUUAAGAGGCGACGUAUGGCACAAUCAGGGAGUGCUAAAGAAAAAGAAUUGCAUGGUUCAAGGGAUGGUUUGAUUAAUGCUAGGACAAAUAUUGAUGGUAGAGUUGCUGAUAAAAGUUAUUGUAAGCAAGAGCUCUUGAGUCCUCUUGAGAGGAGGGUUAUGGAUUGGCAUUUUGCUAAUUUGGAGUAUGGUUGUGCAGCUCCGCUUAAGGAGGUAUCUCUACCCCAUUGGAACCAAGAUGAUGUAUAUGGUGGCUUUGGGGGAGCUCAUUGUAUGAUUAAAGGGGGUUACAGCACUGUUGUUGAGUCUCUUGGAGAAGGACUGCGCAUUCACUUGAAUCAUGUUGUCACUGAUAUUUCGUAUGGCGCUGAGGAUGGUGAAUUGAAUAAUAACCAGUGUAACAAAGUCAAAGUUUCCACAUCAAAUGGGAGUAUCUUUUGUGGAGAUGCAGUCUUGAUUACAGUGCCUCUUGGGUGCUUAAAAGCAGAAACCAUAAAGUUUUCUCCACCAUUGCCCCAGUGGAAACAUUCUUCUAUCACGCGGCUUGGAUUUGGCGUUCUUAAUAAAGUAGUUUUGGAAUUUCCAGAUGUCUUUUGGGAUGACACCGUGGACUACUUUGGAGCAACUGCUGAAGAAACGGACCUGAGGGGUCAGUGCUUUAUGUUCUGGAAUAUCAAGAAAACUGUUGGGGCUCCCGUUCUUAUAGCUUUAGUGGUUGGUAAGGCAGCUAUAGAAGGCCAAAAUAUGAGCUCUUCUGAUCAUGUUAACCAUGCAUUAGUGGCUCUCCGUAAAUUGUUUGGAGAGGCGUCAGUACCUGAUCCAGUUGCAUCAGUUGUGACAGAUUGGGGCAGGGAUCCUUUCAGCUAUGGUGCAUACUCAUACGUUGCUGUCGGAGCUUCUGGAAAAGACUAUGACAUACUAGGGAGACCUGUUGAUAACUGCCUAUUUUUCGCUGGUGAAGCUACCUGCAAGGAGCAUCCCGACACUGUUGGUGGUGCAAUGAUGAGUGGGCUUCGAGAGUCAGUGCGUAUAAUUGACAUACUGACAACUGGAAAUGAUUACACAGCAGAAGCAGAAGCAAUGGAGUCGAUACAGAGACAGUCAGCCUCUGAAAAGGAUGAAGUUUGGGACAUAACAAGGAGACUUGAUGCAGUUGAACUUUCCGAUGUCCUUUACAAGAACAGGGAAGCCUUACUCCAGGACUUGUUCUUUAGUGCAAAAACCACCAAAGGAAGGUUGCAUCUGGCCAAAGAGUUAUUGAGUCUUCCUGCUGAAACGUUGAAGUCCUUUGCUGGCACCAAAGAGGGGCUAACCACACUUAACUCAUGGAUACUGGACUCAAUGGGGAAAGCGGGGACUCAACUCUUGCGGCAUUGUGUUCGUCUUCUUGUUCUUGUGUCAACAGACCUACUGGCUGUGCGCUUGUCUGGCAUUGGGAAAACUGUAAGAGAGAAAGUUUGUGUACAUACUAGCCGUGAUAUACGUGCCAUUGCAAGUCAGCUAGUUAGUGUGUGGCUUGAAGUCUUCCGAAGAGAAAAAGCUUCUAAUGGAGGAUUGAAAUUGUCAAGGCAAGCCAAUGGUGUAGAUUCAUUGAAGAGAAAAACAGUCAGAGACCCAUCUUCUGGAAAGCCGCCACUACACAUGUAUCAUGGUGCUUUUGAGCAUAAAGGAAGUUUACAGGAUUCUGCAUCCACGGGAAGCCAAUUGCCUCCAAAUCCAAAUGUGAAGAAAUUGAAUGGCAAAGCCAUUAAACUUGAAACAGCAAAUUCCUCAAGAUUUGGAGGUUCAACAGGCAGACCACAUAAUGAUGACUUUGCUAUGACUGAAGAAGAAAGAGCUGCCAUUGCUGCUGCUGAAGCAGCGCGAGCUGCAGCACUUGCAGCUGCUAAGGCAUAUGCAUCUUCAGAAGCCAAGAGCAGUUCGUUGCUUCAGCUUCCUAAGAUUCCCUCGUUUCAUAAAUUUGCUCGACGGGAGCAGUACGCUCAAAUGGAUGAGUAUGAUUUUAGGAGGAAGUGGUCUGGUGGUGUUUUGGGUAGAGAAGAUUGCAUAUCUGAAAUUGACUCUAGGAACUGCAAAGUAAGGAACUGGUCUGUUGAUUUCUCCGCUGCUUGUGUCAAUCUUGACAGUUCAAGAAGGUCAGUUGAUAACCUCUCAGAGCGGAGCCAUCCCAAUGAGAUCGCUAGUCAGUUGAAUUUCCGAGAGCACUCAGGGGAGAGUGCUGCUGUUGACAGUAGUAUCUAUACAAAAGCAUGGGUUGAUACAGCUGGUAGUGUUGGGGUAAAAGACUAUCAUGCCAUUGAGAUGUGGCAAUCUCAAGCAGCAGCAGCUGACCCUGAUUUCUUCCAUCCUGAUCCGUAUGUAAAGGAUGAGGAAGAUUCAAAUACAACUUCUAAAGGACUAAGCUGGAAGCAUGAAGGACUAGUAAAUGAGAGCUCUGUUUCACAAGUUACUGUAAACAGGGGGUCAUCGAAAAAUCAUCGUCGAGGAGCAGACCAAAUUAAACAUGCAGUUGUUGAUUAUGUGGCAUCAUUGCUUAUGCCCCUCUAUAAAGCUAAAAAGAUUGAUAGAGAGGGAUACAAGUCAAUCAUGAAGAAAAGUGCUACCAAGGUCAUGGAGCUAGCCACUGAUGCAGAGAAAGCAAUGGCUGUAUCCGAGUUUCUUGAUUUCAAGCGCAAGAACAAGAUUCGUGCCUUUGUGGAUAAAUUGAUUGAGAAGCACAUGGCAGUGAAGCCUGUUGUGAAAUCUUGAUACUGGAUCAUUGAUCUGGGUUUCCCAUGCACUACUGUACAGCACUGCACAGAAGUGGACAUGUUGUUCGGGGAUGAAUUCACAGCUUAAGCUGGCGGUGUUGGGGUACAGAUAUAUCACAUCGGAUUCUUGGUUAAACUGCCAAUAAGCUCUUAAUGACUGUGAAGGUGCUGUGGAACAAAGGGCAUGGUUUGCUGCCAUCGGUUGAUUCAUAUUUGGUGGGCAUCUUGAACUGCAAUUAGAACUGGUCGAGUAAGCGCCAGGAAUGAGCAUUUCCAGAUGCAAGCGGGAGUACGCGCAAAACAAGUUGCUUUCUCAUUCCAAUUACAGGCAUCAACAGGGUAUGGGAAUGAUGGCGGAUUGCUCUAAGAAAUUGGCUUGUCAUCCAUCAAGGAUGUACCGGUGAAAAAUUAAGACAUCAGACCCUAAUUUUUAUUCAGGGAUCCUCAUGGAGGAGAAACUAAUAAUCAUUGACUUUUUAUGAUGGUCUUCAAUGUGUACAGAGUAGGAUUGUGUUAGUGACUGGUAACAAGAAGAAUACAGAACAGUUUUCGAUGGCCAAAGUAAUAUGUCAUGUUUACUUUUUUUUUAUUUAACAUCAGUCACUAAUUUACUUUUGUU